CCCUUUAUAAAGAUCAUAUCUCUCCACCCCUCUGUACUCAUUCCUUCAUAACUAUACACAUACAAAAAACUUCACCAUCUCCCAAUUCCAUUUCCAAAAUCUCAAGAUUCUUGAUCAAGAUCAAAACUUUACAAAGAUUUCACAACCCAAUUUGCAUUAUGACCUUCAUCACUCAACACUCUUGAAACCCAGAUCACACAACCCGGAAUCUUGCCCCAAAAAACACUUUUUUUUUUGUUUGAAAAUGGAGAAGGUUGGAGCUCCGGAGAAGACUGCAAUAACCGUGUUAGCUGAGGGGAAGAAGCUCGCGAAAGAGCUGAAGAGGCAGCUCGACCCCUCUACAACUUCAAGAGAGGCAUGCGAUGCUUUGGUGGAUAGCAUUCUCUCUGCCUACGAUAAUGCAAUUACGCUUCUUGCUCUCAUCCGAGACGCCGCCUCUCCCACAAGUGAAGAAGGCUCUGAUCACAAUUCCAAGAAAAGGAAGACUAUGCCGAGAUGGAGUGAGCACGUGCGGAUUUGUUCAGGGGCAAGGGGUGAAGCCCAGCUUGAUGAUGGCUAUAAUUGGAGGAAAUAUGGGCAGAAAGAUAUUUUGGGGGCUAAUCAUCCAAGGGCAUAUUAUAGAUGCACGCAUCGCAACACGCAAGGAUGCUUGGCAACGAAGCAGGUGCAACGAGCAGACGAGGACGCGACAGUGUUUGAGGUCAUCUACCGAGGGAAGCACAGCUGCAGGCAGGAGAGGCUGAGGCAGCACAAAGAAAGGAAGGAGCAAGAGAUCAGCCUAACGUGUAGGAAUGUGUCGAGCCUCGUUAAGACUGAGAACCGGGAUCUAAAUGAUUCCAAAGAGGAGGAGGAUCUUCCAGCUUUCUCAUUCCCUUCCACUCCAAUUGAGUGUGAAAAUGUGGAGCCUCAGUUCUUCUCAGAGCCUAAUAGGUUGAUCACAGCGAGCUACUCGCCCUCGUUCCUGUCCCCAGCAACCUCCGAGUCCUAUUUCUCGCCCUCGCCAUGCCUUGUGAAUGAUUUUGACAUUGGCCACAGCUUGGAGUCUGAUUUUGGCGAGAUUAUCUCAAAUCUAACACCAAUCACAGACUUCUCUUUAGGAGAUUUCGAUAUCUCCAUUGAUGCAGUGGAUUUCGAAUCUCACCUCCUCGAUGCCAUCGAAUUCGUCUAGAGAUCUCAUAAUGCAGUUGAUAUUGUAUCCUAGUGAUCCUAGCCAGCUUCUUACUAUAAAAUCUAAGUUGUUGAUAAUUGAUUGAUAGUACAAGGAGAUGAUGCUGACCAAGAGAAUUCUUUUUUCAAGAACUAGAUAGAUUUGCAAGAGUUACUUGUAAUCACUCUUUUUUCUUGUUUUCUCUCUCAAGUUGGCCAUUUUGAUUUUUUUUUCUUACAAGUGUAGUAGGUUUAAGAUUGAUGAUUUGUAUCUUUGAAUGUAGAGGAGGUUGAACUUUUUUAGAUUUCAUUUUGAA